UCUUCAGUAAAUGUAUAAAGGAAUACCAGAAAUAACUGAAUGAAAUAUAUCAAAGAAUACGCAUAAAGUGUAGAAAUUCACAGGAUUAUCUUUGUAUUUAUAGAGAUUUUAUGUAAUUCAUUAUUAAGUCAUUUAGUUGAAACAUUAGAAAUGGCAGUCUCUAAUCCGGACGAAAACUUCAAUAAGAAGAUUGAAGAGACUGUUGCUUUCGUAGACAAUACUAAAGAAGAACUAGAAAAGCAGUUUGGUAUGUUAUACAUACAUGGGAAGCCAAGGAAUAUGAGCGAAACAGAAAAACAAAAACUUGCGGGCAUGUGUGACAAGCUUGAAGAAUUACAGAAAUGUAUCGACAAAAAAAGGAUUUGCUUCAGAUUUGUGCAACUGGAGCUGAAAACUGUGUGCUGAAAUCAAUUGAAAGACGCACACCAAAAGGAAGGACGCAGAGGGAAAGUGGUUACAGCUCAGCGGGGUAUUUGUCACAAGUUUACAAUUCUACACCAGACCAGUCAAGCAAUAGACUUUCUACAGCUGAUUCCAGUACAGUUUCAACAGAAGAAGCCGACCUGUUCAACCCUUCGAUUUCCGGUUUAGACAGCAGCGCCUCGAAGGAAUGUCUACCGAAACAUGGGGUGACGUUUUAUUCUCAGUCCCCGCCACCAUCUACCACGUCACUGACAAACGUAAAUGAGCUGGACCCUCUGACGCACAGUUGUAACUCAAAUUCUGAACAAGAAUCUAACACCAGUCCUUCAGAUAUACAGACUGAACCAAAUGAAUUAAACGAUCUUUCAAAACCAUCAUCAGAAGAAGAUAACACGAAGCUUGCAGACGAUUCGUGUUCCUCUACUAAGUAGAAUACGUUAUACUGAUGUUUUGGCCAGAUUUAAAACGGAAAUGAUCAGAACUAAUCAAUUUGUCACACAUUACACCCAGCUUAGACGCCAGAAACUUCAAAUACCGAAUUUCGUGUUCACAUUGGCUAUAUUAUGCACAAUUCAAGAAGACAGAGUUUUUUAUUGAAUCUACAACGGACUUUGGAAAAGGGAAAACUUCUGACAAAUCUUUUUUAAUGUCUAUUCAUCAGGUCAUGAACGGUAACCAGUGCUUUCAGAAAAUGUGGUUGUUGCAUUAGCUUCAUCAUUACUAUUUACUGGAAACACACCUUCUGUCGUAUUUAACAUUUUCAUUUAACUUUUGAACAGCUAUCGAGGUUAUUUGUCCAUGGAUGUGCUUGUGUUCUAAUUGCUCAAUGAGGUCAUUGACUCCCCUGCACAUUGCUUUGCUUCUUUUGGUACUGUAAGCCCGCUCGCUUAGCUCAAUAGGUAAGAGCCUUGGUCUACGGAUCUCGGGGUCGCGAGAUCGAUCCUCGGACGGGGCGUAUCUUCUCCGUGACUAUUUGAUAAACGACAUUGUGUCUGAUAUCAUUAGUCCUCCACCUCUGAUUCAUGUGGGGAAGUUGCAGUUACUUGCGGAGAACAGGUUUGUACUGGUACAGAAUCCGGGAACACUGGUUAGGUUAACUGCCCGCCGUUACAUGACUGAAAUACUGUUGAAAAACGGCGUUAUACCCAAAACAAACAAAACAAAUCUUUUGGUACUGUAAAGCAAUUUGUUUCGGAGAUUCUUAUUUCAUAUCGCACCAUAAUUCCUUGAAAUAACUUGAAAGGUAGCACAUCUUAGUUGAAGCUUAAUAUUGUGUUGACAUACUGCUUUUUCCAAUAUGAACUCCUUUUAAAAAGUUUACCUUGAUCGUUUUAAAACAGACUAUCAAUACUGUUUGGUUGUAGCAAGGUUUGCUGUAAUGUUGCGGUCAAAGGUGAUUCCUAUGUAGUAAAAAGUAAUGCCAUUUUAGUUAAAAUAGUUCAUUUAACGCAUUUGACAGGUCACUUUUGUGCGUGAGAAUGCUAAACUGAAAGUUUGAGACAGACUAUUUGUAAUACCUUGAUUUUCGUGUUUUUUACUAAAGAAAACUCCAUAAAUGCACAUAAUGUUUACAAUAUUUUAAAAUUUGCAGUUACUAAAUGCAAAAUGUUUAGAGGGGAAAAUUGUGUGCGUAAUUUUUUUGUUUAUAUUUACCUUGUCGAAAGCGGUUUUGCUAUAAAACUUGAGACGUAGGAAUGGUAAAGAAAAAGUAAAAAAAAACCCAAAAACAACAGGAUAAACAGUUAUAAAAUGUUUGAAAAAGUACAACAAACAUCAACAUAAUAUAUAAAAUAUAGUUUUAUUCUAAUAUUGCAAACCAACACUUCUAUGAAUAAUACUUCAUAAUAAUAUAUUGUAUUAGAUACAUUCUUUAUUGUAUAUUUUCAUAUUGUUUUGUUCUUACUGCAUAUACCACAGAUGGACAACUGAUAACACUAAUGGAUGGAUGUACUACAACCGAGAUUGGAAUCAAACAUCUUAGUGAAAAGUUUGUUUUACAAAAUUGAAAAAAAUAAAUGUAAUCAUAUAUAAA